AUGUUUUUAAUAAACAAAAAUCAAGCGAUAAUUUGUGAAAAUAACCACAGGUCAGAAUUACCUGAGCAUCAACUAUUUUUAACUAUACCCGAUAAUGAAUUGUCAUUUGUAGAAUGGCUAAAUCAGCUUGAAAAUGAGAAAAAAUUAUUUAGUGGAGAUAAUAAUUUAUUCUGUGAAACUUGUGGACAGAGAUCUGACUCAGAGAUUGUGACAGAAAGAAUUGAGACUCAUGAAAUUUUAGCUUUUUAUAAUGGCAAAAGUAAAAAUUUGAUUGAAAAUGCUCCUAAUUCUGUUUCUUUAGGGGAAAAUCAGUAUGAAAUAUUCGGAAUAAUUGUGUACAGUGGAAGACACUACAUAGCUUAUACAAAAGAAGAGGGAAUUUGAAAUGAGUAUAAUGAUAAUGAAGUCACAGCAAAUAAGCAUCCAAAUCCAAAUAAUAGCUAUAUGCUGUUUUAUAAAAAAACUUACAAUUAA